AUGAGCAUCGAUAUUCAAAAGCUUGGGGAGGAAAAACUCAAGCACUACCAGGAAACCUUUAAAAAAUACGACAAGAAUGAAGAUGGGACUGUUACGACUGCAGAGCUUGCGACUGUACUAAAGGAGUCCAAGAAAGACCUUUCCAAUCAGCAAAUUGAGGACGCUGUGCAAAAAUACGACGCCGACGGAAAUGGAAUCAUUGACUUCUUCGAGUUCAUCAAAUUGAUGGCGAACUUUAAUCGUGACGAAGAAGGAGAAGAAGCUAUCCGCGCCGUUUUUAGAGUUUUCGACAAAGACGGAAAUGGCUUCAUUUCAACCAAGGAGCUCAGAGAAAUCCUCAAAGAGCUUGGCGAUGAUGUUUCUGACAAGGAAAUCAUCGAAAUGAUCCGAAAUGUGGAUAUUGACGGCGAUGGAAAAGUCAACUAUGAUGAGUUUGUGCAGAUGCUGGCGUAA